AUGUCGUCUGGGUACUCUCCGACGUCUAUCGCCAUCCUGGGUGCUGGAAUAUUUGCCAAGGAAGCACACCUCCCGGCAAUAGCUGCACUCGGGAACAGAGUCCUUCUGCGCGCUGUUUACUCUCGCUCGCAUAAAUCUGCAUCAGAGCUUGCAGAAGCCGCGAAAUCAACUUUGAAACUUGAAGAUCUGCCCAAGAUCUACUCUGACGACACCGAUCCAGGAUCCACGCUCGAUGCGUUGUUGGCUCGACCUGACAUCGACGCCGUUAUUGUCGUACUUCCGAUCACUACACAGCCCAACAUAGUCAUUAAAUGCCUGGGAGCUGGUAAACAUGUCUUAUCCGAGAAGCCUGUUGCACCAGAUGUUAAGUCGGGUCUCGAACUCAUCGCAUCAUAUGAGAAAGAUUUCAAGCCGAAGGGCCUCAUCUGGCGUGUUGCGGAAAACUAUGAAGCGGAACCGGGUUACCGGAGGGCCGCCGAAGUGAUCAGGCAGGGCAAGAUAGGGGAGAUCCGCUUUUUUAGACUUACAGCAGUCGGCUAUGUUGGUAAAGAUAGCAAAUGGUACAAGACCCCAUGGCGCACUGUGCCUGACUAUCAAGGUGGCUUUCUGCUUGAUGGAGGAGUCCAUUCAGUGGCGCUAUUGCGUAUGCUUUUACCGGAGCCUAUGAAGCAAGUCACAUCGUUCGCGUCUCUUUCAAGGCCACAUCUACCACCUCACGACACAGUUACAGCCCUUAUUUCAUGCACGUCUUCAUCUGACAAGGCAAGCGAACCCAAGGAUAAGAAGGCACAUGGAAUUUUUGAGUUGAGCUUCGCGGCGCCUGCACCUUCCCGUUCAAAGGUCGGGAAUACGACGAUCAUCACUGGAGACAAAGGCUGGCUUCAGAUUGCUACGGGUGUGAAAGUCGGAGAGAAGAACGUCGUACGUGUGACCGUCCACGUUGUUACACACGAACAGGAGAAGGAGGGCGACGAACUUGAGGAGAAAGAGGAGAUAAUCGAAGAGGAACAGAAGAGUAUCAAAUUGGAGAUUUCGAGUUUCCUCGAUGCGCUGAAAGGCACGGACGACGGAAUUGGGAAUCCGAGAGCUGCACUUGUAGACGUCGCUGUCAUACAAGCCGCAUUGACAAGCGAAGGCGUGCCUGUUGACCUCGAUAAGUUGGUCAAAAGUGGAUAAGGACCAAUGGCUGGAACGAUAUCUGCUAUUUUAGGAUUUCAAAGGUGAAACAGACAUAGAUUCACAGAAGAAAGUUUGAGCUGUAAUAUUAGACCGGAGACAAUACUGAAAAUUGAGACAUCC